AUGAUUGUGAUUUAAUACUUUUUCUUUUGUACAUCCACACCACAUUUAGUAUUUUUACACCCUGGCCACAGUUCGGCAUGGCUUUGAGAAGUAACAAAAACAACAUUUGAUCAAGUUGAUGCAUCAAAAGUAAUUUCACUGAAUUUCUGUUUGUCCCCUUCCAGGCAGGAGGAAAAGCUGGAAAGGACAGUGGUAAAGCCAAGGCGAAGGCCGUGUCUCGCUCCCAGAGGGCUGGACUCCAGGCAUGUACCCACUCUCUUUUACCUGGUUUUCUGUGGUCACAUCAGUCGCAAGUAAUAAUAAUAAUAAUAAUAAUAAUAUGCCAUUUAGCAGACGCUUUUAUCCAAAGCGACUUACAGUCAUGCGUGCAUACAUUUUUUGUGUAUGGGUGGUCCCGGGGAUCGAACCCACUACCUUGGCGUUACAAGCGCCGUGCUCUACCAGCGUGUUUUCCCUGUUGAAUUAGUCACAAGUGAAUCCUACAUCACAGAUAAAUAGGCAACUUCUACCUAGAGUGUUUCUGAUUGUGUUUAUGUUUCUCCUUGUGUAGUUCCCGGUGGGUCGUAUCCACAGACACCUGAAAACCAGGACCACCAGCCAUGGCAGAGUGGGAGCCACCGCAGCUGUCUACAGCGCCGCCAUCUUGGAGUACCUCACCGCUGAGGUGAGAUGUUUUAUUUUUUUUAAACACAAAAAAAGGACUCAUUGAGGGUUCUGACGAAGGUCAAUAGAGCAGGCUUUUGCUCCAACCCUUCCCUAACGCACAAUGACUGAACCUAUUGUUGUGGUUCCCUUUCAGGUGUUGGAGUUGGCAGGGAACGCCUCCAAGGAUCUGAAGGUGAAGCGUAUCACUCCACGUCACUUACAGCUGGCCAUCCGCGGAGAUGAGGAAUUGGACUCCCUCAUCAAGGCUACCAUCGCUGGAGGAGGUGAGUUGUAAAUGAAUGGAUUGGGUUUAUGUAUUGUUCUUCCAGGAACUCAAUGCACUUUAUAUUACAUGGGGUAGGGCAAAUUCACCUCUUCACCCACCAAUUUGUAGCACUAGCACCCAUUCGUAAUUUCAUUUUUUCUCCCUCCUGCAGGUGUGAUCCCUCACAUCCACAAGUCUCUGAUUGGAAAGAAGGGCCAGCAGAAGACUGCAUAG